AUUUGAAUCAUGUCUGUGUAUAACAGAACUUAAUUAGCAGGCGGAACCCCGAGGACAAACCAUUCAGAUUUCGUUUUUUGAGGUCACUCUCUUCAAUGGGUUUUCAUUGGGAAUCCAUAUUUAUAAGGGACCUUCUUGCAGUUCCUAUUGCUUCCACUGGAUGUCGACAGUCUUUAGAAAUUGGUUGAGGUUAUUCCUUUGUGUAAUGAAGAAGUAUGGCCAUCUAGAACGAGGGUCACUUGAAGUGUACUGUUGGAGUCGCAUGACCAGAAAGCAUGCUUCAGUUUGUUUUCUUCCUGUAUUGAACACAGAUCAUCCCGUCUUCAAUCUUAUCCAUUAUUUAUGUAAAAAAAAUCCCUAAAGUUGUGUUACAAAAGUUGUUUGAAAUGUUUUGGAAAAGUUUACAGCUAACUUUUGAGAUAUUGUGUAGUCACAUUGAGCAAGUUGGAACCGGGGAUUUUUCUGGAUCAAACGUGGCAAAUAAAUGGACAUUUUGGAUAUAUAUCGACGGAAUUAAUUGAACAAAAGGACCAUUUGUGAUGUUUAUGGGACAUAUUGGAGUGCCAACAAAAGCGCGUCAAAGGUGCACUUUCAGGUUUCCCAGCACAAAUAUCAAGAUCACAUUCACAGCCCUGUCCAGUGGAAAGAGGGAGAAGCGUGAGGCGCCUGAGUCUCCAGUAAAACCAGUCCACAUCUCUCCACUCACCAUAAACAUUCCAGACAACAUCGCCCACCUCAUAAGCCCCCUGCCCUCACCCACCGGCACCAUCAGUGCUGCCAACUCGUGCCCCUCCAGUCCCAGGGGAGCGGGCUUUUCCGGCUACAGGAUGGGUCGCAUCGUCAGCUCUGCGGAGCUACAGCUCAUAAACGACAACUCCCAGUCAGAGAACGACAAGGAGGCCUCGGGAGGGGACAGCCCCAAGGAUGAUUCCAAACCGCCAUACUCGUAUGCACAACUGAUUGUCCAAGCCAUUACAAUGGCACAGGACAAGCAGCUCACGCUAAACGGAAUAUACACUCACAUCACCAAAAACUACCCCUACUACAGGACUGCAGACAAAGGCUGGCAGAACUCGAUCCGUCACAAUCUGUCACUGAACCGCUACUUUAUUAAAGUAGCCAGAUCGCAGGAGGAACCAGGCAAGGGCUCGUUCUGGAGGAUAGACCCGUCCUCAGAGGGCAAGCUCAUGGAGCAGGCCUUCAGAAAACGAAGGCCGCGGGGUGUGCCCUGCUUCAGGACCCCCCUCGGACCCCUCUCCUCCAGAACAAAAUGGAAAAAUGCACGCACCUGGAGAUUACGCAAUAGUUUCGACGGAGGACACCGAGCGGACACCUGGAGUGCCCCAGUCUCCCCUAAUCACUCUGGGGUGCUCUCGGCCCACUCGAGUGGGGUGCAGACCCCUGACAGCCUAUCCCGAGAGGGUUCCCCUGUCCCCAUGGAACCAGAGCCCGCUCCGGCCCCGCCCCCUGGCACGGCAGUCCAGCCCAAACUAGCUGUCAUCCAGGAGGCCCGCUUUGCACAGAGUACACCAGGCUCCCCUCUCAACAGCCAGCCGGUGCUCAUCACAGUUCAGCGUCAGUUACCACAGACCAUAAAGCCGGUGACCUAUGCCAUGGCCACGCCUGUGACUACCAGCACCAACCAGAACCAGCAGCCCGUCAUGCAGACGAUGCACGUUGUCCAUCAGAUCCCUGCCAUGUCUGUCACCAGCGUGGCCGGGCUCAGCACCGCCAACACCUACACAGUGGCCACCCCCACCAUGGUCACCCUCCAGACUGAGCCCCAGGAGAAUGGAGACUACUCAGAGGCCAAAGUAAAAGUGGAAUCUGUUCCAACCGUCACCCACGCCUCUAUAGGCGGUGGCAGUCGCAUCAUCCAGACGACCCAGUCGGCCACGCCCUUUAAGACGCUGACCUUAGUGCAGCAGCAGCCGGCCCUGGGCCAGCACCAGCUCCCCAUAAAGACCAUCGCUCAGAACGGCACCCACCUGAUGCCAAUGCAGGCAGCUGCAGCCACAGCUGUUGCGAGUCCUCUCCACUUGCUGGCCACUCACGCCUCCGCUUCAGCCUCCCUCCCGACCAAACGACAGAACGGAGCCCAGGCGGCCAGCGAUCAGCCCAACGCUAAGCGCAUCAAAACAGAGGGGGCCAGCGCCACCCCCACCGCAACACGCGUAGCAGAUACGGACUCGUCGGCAGCCAAUGACCAAGCCAGCCACCACAACUAGUCUUCUACAACAACACCACCAUCUUGUUUUUUUCUCCUUUCCUACCAUUUAUUUCCCCCUUCUUCCAUUGACUCCCAAGGUGCCAAAAGGAGAGGAUUUUCAGUUGGUUUAACCAUUGUAGAGGAUUGGAAAAUGACCACCCCUUUCAAAAAAAAAAUGUAAAAGACUGAAGAGAAUAUUUAGUUGAGAUUUGAAAAAAGGACCACUAGGACAAAGUAGAACUCUUAAUUUGAAGGUACCCUUGUGAGACAUCGCCACGGAGGAGGAUGACGACUACUCCAAGACCACAGGAAGCCUUAACAACAAUUAACCUUUAACAUGAUGAGCUGAACUUUGACCACCUGCAGCGAGCAGUUUGACUGAGGCCCAUGUUAGCCCGGCGGUCGCACGGUACCUCUGUCUCAACUACCUCAGUGCAGAUUGGGGGCCACGGUCAAGGACACCACUCAACGGACCCAUGGGAUGACUGGACGAAGUGACCAACUAGCAGCAUGAGAAGCAUUUGACCCAAACAUGACAAUUCCUGGACCUUUGGCAGCUAGCCUUUCAUAUACUGACCUAGCCUUACUGCUGCUGUAAGUAGAAAUGCAGUAUUUUGUUGUUCAUAUGUGUACCAUAGGAUCUGUUUUGGAUGUAUUUUCAUUUAUAUAGGUAAAAAAGUGCUAAUAAUUGAAAUAAAGAAAGCAUUACAGCAGUGGGGUCUGACAUUUCAAUCACUCCACCUGAACUUCAACAUUCUCGCUGUUACUUUGUAUGUGGACUUUUUUUCUGUUCAGUGUCGUUUCUUUUUACAAUUCUAUCAAUGGAGUGCCCCCCCCCCCUGUCAAAUCCACGUUCUGUCAUAUCCAAAUCAAAUUGCUUUGUUACACUUACAUAUUUUCAUACUUGCACAGAUAACCAGUAAGAUAUAAACAUAUUAAUUCCAUGUGUAGUUGGUCAGAUGCCUCCUCAUCGAGCUUUCAUGUAACAGACUACAGAAAAGUACCUGAGCCGUUAACGCUUGAAUCCUUAGUUGAAACUGUACCAAAAGUGGUCACUCCGCCUGUGUUUGGUCAGAAGCUGAGGGAUGGGCCUGGAGAAAUGUAACCACUCUCAGAUUGACAUCAAGGACUGACUAUCCAUGAUAUCAGAAUUGUGGUUUUAACCAUGUUUUGAGACUAUACCGUGCUUUACAUUUACAUUGUUUACAAACAUUGGCGUAACGAAGUUUAUAUUUUGAUGGGGUACGAGAGUUGAACUAAGCUCAUUAGGCGUUUUAAGUUAUUAUUCAAGAUUAGAUGGGUAUAUAUCAUUCAUUUAAGUCAGAAAAUGGAUGUAGCAACUAAGGAUUCUAGCUUUAACUGUACAUUUAACAGAAGAAAAGAGCUGCUUAAAACCAGACUACAUCUGCAGUUGGUAAAAUGUUUUUUGUUUUUUUUCUCGUUAUCCUUGGCUGUGGUGACUUCGGUGUGUGGACAGACCCUUUGCUUGAUUAUUUAAUUCUGUUCCAACAACCUGACGAGUCUGUCUUCAGAUGGUAUAUGUUCCAAACUAAAGAAGAUACAAGUGAUGGAUAUUUGUUCCGCUUCAGUGGAUAAAUGCUUUUUUUUAUUUUAUAUAAAUUAAUUUAAAACCUUU